UCUGUCUCUCUCUCUCUCUUUGCCAACUUUUAGAGCAUUAGAUAUUUAGAUGAUCAUCAAGUUGCGAAACGAUGAGCUCAGACCAAAGUUGUUUGCAGCUGAGAUGGGUCUACUUAUCGGCAUAUUUGGGUUGUGUGUGGUGAUGAUCAUAUUAAUCAAAACGAGUUUAUUCUCAGAAAAGAUAGGAUUCGCUGUGGGGAGCGUGUAUGUAAAUGGAACAACAUCCGUUGCUUACAUCGAUGAAGACUUCGUCUGUGCAACUUUGGAUUGGUGGCCACCUCAAAAAUGCGAUUAUGGAACUUGUAGUUGGGGAGACUCUUCUCUUCUCAAUUUGGAUCUUAACAACAAAAUCCUGUUUAAUGCAAUCAAAGCCUUUUCUCCUUUGAAACUUCGAUUGGGAGGCACUCUUCAAAACAAGGUUAUGUAUCAAACUCAAGGCGACCAAGAACCAUGUUCCCAAUUCACCAUAAGCACUAGCGAAUUUCUUGGCUACACCCAAGGUUGCUUACCCAUGUCAAGAUGGGAUGAACUUAACAUUUUCUUUCGAAAAUCAGGGGUUUUGAUUUUUUGUUUCUCUUAAUUUUCAAAGAGCAAAGGUUAUAUUCGGGCUGAAUGCAUUAAGUCAUAGAAAUACAAACAUGGAUGGUUCAGUCAUAGGACCAUGGAACUCGACAAAUGCAGAAGCCCUCAUGAAAUACACCAUCGAGAAAGGUUUCACCAUUCAUGGUUGGGAACUUGGAAAUGAAUUAAGCGGGUUUAAUGCAAUUGGAGCAAGUAUCAAAGCGGAUCAAUACGCAUCGGAUACGAUAUCUCUCCAAAAUUUAGUGCAAAAAAUGUACAAGAAUUUUGUAGUUAAACCGAUAGUUCUUGGACCAGGAGGAUUCUUUGAUGGAAACUGGUUCACCGAAUAUGUAUCGAAAUCAAACAAUUCACUUCAAGUUCUCACUCAACACAUCUAUAAUCUUGGACCAGGAGUUGAUACUCACUUGGUUAAGAAAAUACUAAACCCGUGGUAUCUAGAUGGAGGAUCACAAUCAUUUAAAGAUGUUCAAAAUAUUUUGAAGGAAUCGGGAAGUCAAACGGUUGCUUGGGUAGGUGAAGCAGGAGGUGCUUAUAAUAGUGGUCGUAAUCGAGUGUCAAAUGCUUUCGUGUUUAGCUUUUGGUAUUUGGAUCAAAUGGGAAUGGCAUCAUUAUAUGAUACAAAAACUUAUUGUAGACAAACAUUAAUAGGAGGAAAUUAUGGACUUCUUAAUACCGCUACUUUUAUGCCAAAUCCUGAUUACUAUAGUGCAUUGCUUUGGCAUCGACUUAUGGGGAGACGUGUUCUUUCGGCAAGUUUUAAUGGCAUAAAGAAGAUACGCUCUUAUGCUCAUUGCGCUAAACAUUCGCGGGAUGGGUUGACUUUGUUAUUGAUCAAUCUUGACGGAUCUAUAAAAGCUGAAAUUGGCGUUUUGAUUGAAAAUGUGACGAUUAUAAUGGCGUCAACACCACAUUUAAAACCAACACAAGAGACAAAAUCCUCACGGAAUCCCGAAGGAGAGUUGUUUAGAAGAGAGGAGUAUCACCUAACUGCAAAAAAUGGGAAAUUAAACAGUAACACGGUACUUCUAAAUGGGAAAGAAUUAUCUGUAAAUUCAACAACUGGGGUUAUUCCAUCUCUCGAUCCGAUACAAGUAAAGCUUGGAAGUCCGAUCAUGGUUGCUCCUUUCUCCAUUGUAUUUGUACAUAUACCUAACAUACACGUUCCAGCUUGCAGAUAAGGUGGAACGUGUAUGAUUGAUUAUAUAUUCAUCUAAUCUAGUUUCAUACAUGUGUAUUUAUAUAUACAUCAAAGCAAAGCUUGGUGUCUAUUUCUUUU